UCAAGUUAUCAUGGAGUAUGCCUUUGGCAUAUUCGACAUACGACUGCCCUGCGAAUAUCAACACUGGUAAUACACAUUUAGUAUUUGAGAAAGUUUGCUACGAGUUUGUUUUGAACCGGAAGGAGUAUUGGGAUGGCGCAAGACAUGACUGUAACAACAGAGGUGGUGAUCUGGCUCUUGUAAAAAGUUACGAUGUCCAAUAUUAUCUGCAGACAACACUACAGAAAUUGAAUGUUGGUAACAAGGCAGUUUGGAUUGGACUAAACGAUAGACACCACGAAGGACACUUUGUAUGGGUAGAUGGUUCACCCUUAACAUAUAGUCAUUGGGCAGUACAUGAAGGCAACGGAUUCUUACGUCUUACACAAGAUUGUGCACAAAUACAUAUGGGAGACCAUGGCUUGUGGCAUGAUAGGGAAUGCCACUUGUGGCCAAAUAAAUUUUCUUACAUUUGUCAGUUUCCUACAGUAGAAACCGUGCACACAGUCAAACCCAAAAUACCAACAACAACAAGAUCUUCAACAAGAUCAGCUACUGUCCAAACGAAAAUGGCGAGUACGACAAAACCGUCGACGGCAACAUUUCCGACUACAACAACAACACUGUCUAGCGCAACAAUGUCAAAACCUAAAACAGAAUAUCCUUCUCCAACGACAAUAUUUCACCAAUAUCCUACAACAACAGAAUUACCCAAACAAGAAUAUCCCAUCACAACAACACAUUUACCAAAACAAGAAUAUCCCAUUACAUCAACACAUUUAUCCGAGAAAGAAUAUCCUGUGACAACAGAACAUUUAUCCGAGCGAGAAUAUCCUAUUACAACAGAACAUUUACCAGAGCGAGAAUAUCCUAUUACAACAAAGUUACCUGAUAGAGAAUAUCCUAUAUCAACAACACCGGAACCUGAUCGAGAAUAUCCUGUUACAACAAAAUAUUUACCCGACCGAGAAUUUCCUAUUAGAUCAACACUUUUACCCGAGCGAGAAUAUCCAAUUACAACACCACAGUUACUAGACCGGGAAUAUCCAACCACAACCACAUCAUUGCCUGAUAAGGAAACCAAAACUAAGCUUAUGCCAAUUCAGGAAUAUCCUGCAACGACAGCUAUGAAAAGAAUUUCUUCUAACAAAGAUAGUGGGAACGGACAUUUUCUCACUCCGGCACCAUGAAGUGACAAUAUAUAAAGUCGAAUUUAGACGUGAUGUAGACUGCAUGUUCAGAAACAAUCACUUUCUUGGUUUAAAUCGAUGCUUUGAUUGGUUUAAAUCGAUGCCUUGAUUGCGAGUGUUAUAAAUGCUUUAUGAUCGAUAUUGAUAUUAUAUAUUAUAUUUUAUUAUUUCAGUGCUGUUAUUUUUAUAUUAUAUAUAUUAACUU